AUGCAACUGAUUGGAAUAUUACCGUGGUCAGCUGAACUUGGAAGAUUGGACGUUUGUGCUGAAGUCUCAAUGAUGUCUUCAUACAAUGCCAUGCCUCAUGUUGGACACUUCCAUGCGGUAUUACACCUUUUUGGUUAUCUUGAAACACAUCCAAGCCGCAAGAUUGUCAUGGAUUCCGCAUAUAUGGCCCUGACCAACAUACCCAAAUCAGAAUGGUAUGAGUUCUAUCCAUGGGCAAAAGAAGUAUUGCCUCCUGAUAUGCCAGAAGCCCUUGGAGGAGCAGUAAAGAUUGUAAUGCUUGUUGAUGCCUAA